UCAUAAAGAAGAGAGGAGGACAAACGAGACUGAGACGGGAAAGUUUUCCUUCCUCCUGAUCCAGAGGAGGAAGAGGAAGAAGAGGAGGAAGAGGAGGAAGAAGGAGAGGAGGAGGAGGAGCCGCAGUCCGGGUCUCCUCGGAGCAGCUGAGCUCUCUCCUCCAGCUGCAGAGAGGAAACAAAAACACGGACUGUCGUCUUCUCUCAGAGGCCAGAACCCGGACCAUCCUCACACAUGAAGACCUGGAUCUGAUCCUGGAACCUGGUCCUCUGCGUGCUGCGUUCAAGACCUCCGGAGAAAACCCGGGGACAGUUUCUGCUGCAUAGAGAGGCUCCUGAGGCGUCCGUCACUGACCUCCUCAUCCUGAAAGGUCACGCUUGAGUUUUUAUUGCUCAUGAAAUUGCACACAUAGCAGCAGUUUGGCUCCACGGGAAGCUUCAGGAGUUAUUCUGCUUCUUUCUUGAGUCCUAAAUCAGGAAAUGUAACGUCAGCAGAGACGGAUCAACAUGGACUUUGUCUCUCAUGGUGAUGGAUCUGUAACCGAGGAGCACACAUGGACGAUGAGGAGUUCGGACCGUGCUCGCCCGCUCAGACUGACUCUGAUCUGAAUGGAUGUGUGUGAGGGACGUGUUUCGCUGAGUUGUUUUUCUGCUCACACGUCCAUGGAUCCGUCUGUCGGCACGGCCCUGUGGGGCAGCGGGGGCAGCAACUACACAGCUGACACCUCGGCGCCCAGCUUCACCGACCAGCUGAGCACCGCCUCACCUGUUGUACCGAGGGUCGUCUCCAUCAUGACCGGCCUGGUGACCACCUCAGAGUCCACGUCUGGAACCGCAGGGAACCUCUCGGCCUUCAGAGACCAGCUGGAGAACGAGCUCAGCCGCCUCCACCAGGCGUCCACUCCUUCGGUGCUGAGCGCCGCCGAGAGCAACUCCGUCCUGCGAGGCAUCAUGGUGGCGGCUCAGGCCCUCGUCCUCCUCUCCAUCUUCCUCCUCUCCAGCCUGGGGAACUCGGCCGUGGUCGUCGUCAUCAUCAAACACCGGCAGCUCAGGACGGUGACCAACGCGUUCAUCAUGUCCCUGUCGCUGUCGGACUUCCUCACGGCCGUCCUGUGUCUGCCGUUCUCCUUCAUCAUGCUGUUCAGUAAGGACGGCAGCUGGAUGUUCGGGGACCGGUUCUGCGUGGCCAACGGCUUCUUCAACACGUGCUUCGGCAUCAUCUCCACGCUGACCAUGACUCUGAUCUCCUUCGACCGGUACUACGCCAUCGUCCGACAGCCUCAGGCUAAGAUCGGACGGCAGAAAGCCACGCAGCUGCUGAUCGCCGUGUGGUUGACUGCUGUGGUCUUCUCUCUGCCGUGGUAUCUGUUGGUCCGCCCCCCCACAGAGAUCCACAAGCGAGGGUUUUACCACUGUAUGUACGUGUUCCACUCGGGGACAUCACGCAUGGGGACGGCCUACAGCAUCAGUCUCAUCGUUGUGUGCUACUUGCUGCCUUUCUCCCUCAUGUGUUUCUGUCAUUACAACAUCUGUAAGACGGUCCGGCUCACGGAGAUCCGGGUCAGACCGGUGACCACGUACGCGUACCUGCUGCGCUUUUACAGCGAGAUGCGAACAGCCACGACCGUCCUGAUCAUGAUCGUGUUCAUUAUUUUCUGUUGGGGGCCGUACUGUUUGAUGGGCUUGAUCACAGCGAUGGGGAACUUCACCUUCAACCCGGCGAUGGACACCGUGGCGAUCUGGCUCGCCUGGGCUAACGGCGCCAUCAACCCCCUGAUCUACGCCCUGAGAAACCCCAACAUAUCCAUGUUACUGGGGCGCAGCAGAGAGGAGGGAUACCGGACCAGAAACAUCGCCGCCUACCUCUCCAGCCAAACCCAGAACCGAGAGACCCGUCUCAACCAAGCGGAGAGGAUCAGAGACCGCUACGUGAGCCGCGUCGGGGUGAACAACAACAGCCGGCUGUCGAGUUCCAGUCCGGGAAAAGGAGGAGAGGUGGCGAUGUGGGCGUGCAAGAACCCCGCUGUGUUCUUCUGCAGGGACGCCCAUCCGGACACGGCAACGCUGCCCAACUCUGUGUGCACGCCCAAGAUGAAGACUGCCGACACCAGCCUGUGACGAAGACUGCACCGCUGGUUUAAUCGUGUCUGCGUGGCGUCCACGACUGACGUCACCAGUUUGUGACGUUUCUGGGAAAAACAUGUCCGUAUUUGUUUUGUCACUUAAACCUGUUUUGAUGUUUUGAAUCGGCUCUAAGUUAUCCGAGGUUUUCAGGAAUCAGAGGAUCAUUCGUGUUGUUUUUCACACUGUGUGAGGAGGAGCCAGAGUUACAUCUGUGGACACUUUGUGAAAUCAGCUUCAUAAGGAUGCUACGGCGUCUUCUCAAGGACCGGGUGGACGACGUGAAGCUGAAGGACCUCUGGACUCUCCUCCGUGAAGAAGAGACGUAGAGAAUCUGUGCUUCAUGUCUCAUUUCAUCUGUAAAUGCAGCAUGUUGAAACUAUAAAAGAGCAAACUCUCCUUUCAUGCCUUCCACACUUUAAU